GGAGGACUCGUUAACUCUCGUCACACCUUUCAAGGCAAAUAUUUUUAUUCCAAAAGAGAAGUUUUGACAUCCAACAGCAAGUUCCUUGUUUCCCAAUCAUAGUGGAUACUUGUUGUCCGAGUAUGAUACGGUUGGUGCGCUCUAGGGCAACUUGUGACGUUGCUCGUUCUGUGGACUGUACCUUUCCCCUUUCUUGGUCAUUGGUUGGUGACCUUUGUUUAUUUGCUUUUAAGUGCACUGCAGAGAGGCUGUUGCAACGAAAGAAAACGUCUUCAUGUUGGUUAGCACCAGUCGCUCGAGAAGUUGGAGUUUGUUUCAAGUAUCGGUCAUUUUCCGCUCAAACACAGUUGCAACAGUAUCUUGUUCAACACUCUCUUACUUUGUGGAAACUUGUCAAUAAAUUAUGACCCCACAUUUAUAUAGAAAUGCAA